GCCGAGGCAAAUACGAGUUUAGUUAUCAGAAAAUGCGUGCGGCAACGUUGAUAUUUGGCCUGCUGCUGGUCGGCUGCUGUCUGGCCCGUCCUCAGGACAGCUCUCCGGAGACGACAACGACGACGACAAGCACCACAGCCACUCCCAAGCCGGAGGAGGAUAGGGCGAGUUCCACAACCACGACAUCCAGCACAACCACAACGACAACGACGACGACGACGCCGAAACCCAAAGAGGAGAAGGCAGAGUCUACAACUACAGCGGCUAGCACCACAACGCCCAGUCCCAGUACCACCCCCAGUACCACCCCCAGUAGCAGCACAACCACGACUGCAACCACCCCCAAGCCCAAGGACGAUGAUGAGGAGGCCGCUAAGCUGCUGCAGCAGUGCGCCGAGUUGAGCAGGCGCAAGAAGCGUGGCGGAUCCUCCUCCUCCUCCGAGGAGGACAGCGGCGAUAAGUCAUCCAAGUCGGCCAAGAAGGAGCGCAAGCAGCUCAAGAAGCUGUGCAAGCAGCUCAGGAAGCAGCAGGAGCGCAAGCAGGAGAAGGCCCAGAGGGGAUCCCUCACCGAGCUGGCCGAGGCCCUGCGCUCCUACACUCAGCGCCACAGUAACUAAAAAUUUCCAUCUCCAUGUCUCUAAAUCUGCAGAUGGAUCCAGCUCUCCAUCUCCACUCCUAGAGACACCUUUUUUUAUAUAUAUUUUUGUUUGUGUUGUGAAAAUUUUUGAUUGGAAAUAAACGAGUAAAAGAC